GCGGAAAUACUGCGCGCUCUGAGCGACAGAGCGGUGGUGGAGGAAGCGGUCAACUGCUCGCUGAAGGAGAUCUCGCGCAACGGCCUCAAGAGCCAGAAGCGCGUCGACGAGUUGUGCGAACGCCUCAACGCGUGUCAACUCGUGUUGGAGGGCAUUGCGGCGAACGGCGCGCAGACGGCGACCAAUCACAGCACUCAAUCCGAACGUUUGGCGGAAAUGAACGCGACUUUGACCGCAAUGAGAGGUCACGUGAGCGAAGAGAUGACGUCAUCGCGCGACUGGCGCUCGCAGUGCUUGACAGCGAUUGGAGGAACGCGCGAACGAAUGGACGCUCUGAUUGGAGAGACGCGAGAGACGCGCGAAUCGGUCGCGCGAAUCGAGGCGGCGCUCGAGAAGCACGUGGAGGCGCUGCGGGCGGAGUCGCGCGCGGAGCUCGAGAGGGGGCGCUCGCAACUGGAGGACUGCGUGGGCGCCGUCAAGACGCAGGUGUUGACCGCUCUGUCGGGCAUUCGCGAAGAGAUGCAGAGUUUGGGCAACUCUUCGCACGUUUUGGCCACCGAUCUGAAGGACUCGUUGCCCGAGAAGCUGAUGGACGUGUUCGGCGGCAUUCUCAUGCUGUCCUCAGACUCUUCGCGCCGAUUGGACGAAACGGCAGAACACGUGAUCAACAUGUUUCCCUUCUCAACACAACUCUGUGGUGAGUGUUGUGUUGUUUGUGACGUAAUUUGUGGUCCGGAACGGAGUAUCGAUCGGUUGGGAGACAAAGAGAGCCGUCGAUUGGCCGCCAGAGGGCGCUCUCAACGCAAGGACGACUGGAAGUCGGCGUUGAAGGCGCCGCCGCGCGACACCCGCGUGCAGACCUCUGACGUGACGAACACGCGCGGCAACGAGUUCGACGAGUUCUGCCUCAACCGGGAACUGCUGAUGGGCAUCUUCGAGAAGGGGUGGGAGCGGCCGUCGCCCAUCCAGGAGGCGGCCAUUCCGGUGGCGCUGCUCGGGAGGGACGUGUUGGCGCGCGCGAAGAACGGCACGGGCAAGACGGGCGCGUACAUCAUUCCGCUGCUGCAGAAGGUGGACGUGACGUCACAGCACAUCCAGGCGCUGAUUGUGGUGCCGACGCGGGAGCUCGCGCUGCAGACGUCGCACAUCUGUCUGGAGCUGUCGAAACACAUGAACGCCAAAGUGAUGGUCACGACGGGCGGCACCAAUCUCAAGGACGACAUCCUGCGCAUC